AUGCCAGGAGAUGCUUUGAAAGAGAAGCUGAAACAACUUCAUUGUCACUUCACUUGGGACCUCCAGAAGGAAAAUGUUGAUUUGGAUGAUCUGACAUACAGGUCACAAGAUUCUUCAAAUGCUGGUGCCAUAAAUCAAGCCACAUCCUACAACCAACUCGCUUUUGUAAACUUUCUGCAGGGCAACUAUGAGGAAGCAAUUCAAAAUUUAAAGGAAGCUGAAAAGAUUCUGAAUGGGAACCACAAAGGUGAAUUUGAAAGAAUAAGCAUCAUUACCUAUGGGAACUUUGCCUGGGUGCAUUACCACAUGGGACAUCUGACCGAGGCCCAAUCCUAUCUCAACAAGCUGGAGGUUAUCUGUAAAGCACUCGGAGACGUCCCUCGCUAUACAUCAAUGUUACCUGAGAUGUACGGGGAGAAGGGAUGGUCAUUGUUAAAAUCUACAGCUGAUAACUAUGAGGAGGCAAAGGAAUGUUUUGAGAAGGCUCUGGAGGAAGACCCUGAUAACACAGAGUGGAUCAUGGGAUACACGACUGCUUUGUCUCAGUUGGAAUCAUUUUCCAGAACCCCAGAGAGUGAUAAACAGCGUCAGGCAGUGACGCAUGUGCGGCAGGUGGUGGAGCUUGAUCCAGAUGACUCAGUGGCUGUGGUACCAUUGACCUUGAAGCUACCAGACUUCAGUGAAAAGCAGGAAGCAAAUGGAUUAGUCAAAGAACCACCGCAGAAGGCCACUGACCUUCCAUAUGUGUUUCAGUAUGCAGCAAAAUUUUACAGACAAAAAAGAACUGUGGAGAAAGGUAUCAAGUUAUUGAAGGAAGCUUUAGAAAUAACUCCAAACUUCUUUCACAAUGAAAUGGCCAUGUGUUACAAGGGUAGAAGGAGAAACAUGCAGAAAACUCCAUUCUGCAGGAACCAUCACUGUCUUUUAUCUGAAUUGAUCUGUCAAUGCAAGUAUCACUUUGAAAAAACAUAUGAAAACAGCUUAAGUUCAGCAAUUAAAUCACAACUGGACUUUGCAAACUUCUGUGAAGUAAUUGGAGACUGCUCCAAAGCAGACGAGAUCUAUAGCAACUUGGUGAAGCUAAAGAAUACUUGUCCAGAAAGCAUGCAGAAAAUAUGUUUAUAUGCUGGGUCAUUUGAACUGCACCACAAAAAGUCUGAAUUCGAUGCUAUUAAUCUACUGCUGAAAGGCCUGAAGGUUGAUUAUGAUUCAAACGAACGCAAAAUGUGUCAAAAGGAAUUGGAGAACUGGGCAGACAGGAAACUUUGCAGGUAUCAACAUGAUGGCAAGGCCCUUGGUAUUAAAGCAUUAGUGUAUCAGCUGGAUGGGAACAAGUCUAAAGCUAUCGAAUACUUUCAGAAAGCCUUGAUGAUUGAUCCUUGCAAUGAGGAAUAUUUGAGUGCACUUUGCGAAUUAUGCCUUUCCAUCAAAAGUCAAAAUGAUGAUUGA